CUGUACAAAUUAAUUAAUUACCGAGUAAUAUAUAUAUAUAUCUACUUUAAUUUAUUCGUUGGUUUAGUUCUAAUUACUUUUUGCAAUAAAAAAAAAAGAAAAGAAAGGAGAGAUAUAUAGAUAUAUAUAUACACACACAUUUAUAUAUCGAUCAAGCAUGUUUAUUAGAGUGUUAGGGCCUUUGGCACAUUCAUUUGGGAUCUUAGCUUUCAUUCUAAUGCUUGCUUGGCUUUUGUGUUUUCGGGGUGGCAUUGAUCUCUAUUCCGCCCACCAUCCAAACAAGAUCUUGAAUGUUCACCCGUUUCUCACGUUCUUCGGGUUCAUCUUCAUUGCCGGCGAAGCUAUGAUGGCAUACAAGACAGUGCCGGCAAGCUUAGAAAGAGGAACUAAAAAAACAGUGCACCUAAUCCUUCAUUUGAUCGCCAUCUGCAUGGGCAUAUUGGGAGUCCAUGCAGCUUUCAAGUUCCAUGAUAAACAAAACAUAGAGGAUAUGUAUACCUUGCAUUCUUGGAUUGGCAUCCUCACUUUCUUCUUCUUCCCCUUGCAGUGGGUAGUGGGCUUGAUUGUAUUUCUGUUGAUGGCAAGAAAAGGAAGGGCAGAGUCAAUGAGAAAAGAAGAAGAAGAAGAUGGGUACACAAAAGAUGGUACCUUUGAUCUUAAGGGUAACCCUGUCCUUAGAUCCAAGAGAGGUGGCUGGACUGCCUGUUCCUUUGUUGUUGUAUAUGAAGUGUUUGAACGAAUGGCGUACUAUGGGAUCUCAUCAAACUUGAUCAUAUAUUUGACCAAAAAGAUGCAUCAAGGAACUGUGAAAUCUGCCAACAAUGUCACAAAUUGGGUGGGCACUGUUUGGAUGACACCUGUCUUGGGUGCCUACGUGGCAGAUGCCUUUCUUGGUCGCUACUGGACUUUUCUCAUUGCCUCUGCAAUCUAUCUUUUGGGAAUGAGCAUGUUGACACUGGUGGUUUCUGUGCCCGGCCUAAAACCGCCAUCGUGUAGUGCUCACCAACCACUUGGACCUGACUGUCCAAUGCCAAGUCCAUUGCAAUUGGGCCUAUUUUUCGGGGCACUCUACACGUUAGCGGUCGGGACGGGCGGGACGAAGCCCAAUAUAUCGACAAUCGGGGCGGACCAGUUCGACGAGCACGCGCCCAAGGAGAAAGCCCAAAAGCUGUCAUUUUUCAACUGGUGGAUGUUCAGCAUAUUUCUUGGCACACUCUUUGCCAACACAGCUCUGGUGUACAUCCAAGACAAUGUGGGCUGGACCUUGGGGUAUGGGCUUCCCACAAUUGGGUUGGCUUUGUCCAUAGUGAUAUUUUUGGCUGGGACUCCAUAUUAUAGGCACAGGAAGCCCAGUGGGAGCCCAUUUACAAGAAUGGGUAUGGUCAUAGUUGCAGCCCUAAGGAAAUGGAGGGUCCCAGUUUCUGUUGAUCCCAAAGAAUUGCAUGAGCUGGAUUUGGAUGAGUACACCAAGAAUGGGAUGCAUAGAAUUGACUCUACACCUUCUUUGAGGUUUUUGAACAAAGCUGGAGUGAAAACAGGUUCCACCAGUCCAUGGCUACUGUGCACAGUGACACAAAUAGAAGAAACAAAACAGAUGCUGAGAAUGCUACCCAUUUUAGUGGCCACAUUCAUUCCAAGCACAAUGAUUGCACAAGUCAACACUCUCUUUGUCAAGCAAGGGACAACUCUCAACAGAAGCAUAGGCAGCUUCAACAUACCCCCCGCCAGCCUCUCGGGUUUCGUCACGCUCUCGAUGCUCGUCUCUGUUGCCUUGUACGACCGCUUCUUCGUCCCGUUCGUCAGAAAAUGGACAAAAAACCCCAGAGGGGUGAAUCUCCUGCAACGCAUGGUCAUCGGUGCAGUUCUUCACAUCACCAUCAUGGUCAUAGCCUCGCUGACCGAGAGGUACAGGCUAAGGGUGGCAAAUGAACACGGCCUCGUAGAGAGCGGAGGCCAAGUCCCGCUGACGAUUUUCGUAUUGCUCCCUCAAUUCGUCCUGAUGGGGACCGCGGACGCGUUCCUGGAAGUGGCGAAGAUCGAGUUUUUCUACGACCAAGCGCCCGAGAGCAUGAAGAGCUUAGGGACAUCGUAUUCGUCGACAACGUUAGGAGUGGGGAACUUCCUCAGCACGGUGUUUCUCUCCAACGUUUCGCGAAUCACGAGAAGAAAUGGUCGCGGGGGAUGGAUUCUCAACAACCUCAACGCCUCUCAUCUUGACUACUACUACGCCUUCUUCGCGAUACUUAAUGUCGUGAACUUCGUCUUCUUCUUAGUUGUGGCUAAAUUUUAUGUGUACAAAGCCGAAGUCUCCGACUCCAUGAUUGUCUUGAGGCGAGAAUUGGAGAUUGGGUCGAGAAACAAAGUUACUAGCCAACAAACAUCUGAAGCAUAGUCGAUCUAGAUGGAUCGACUAUAACUAUACUAAGAACACUUCUGUUAUAAAUAUAAUUUUUGUUCCCAU